CUUGAAGCAACUUGAAGCUCCAAUAAGAAAGACGUGCUUCGCCAGUAAUUUUCACAGUAGUUUUGUUCGUCGGUAAAAGUGGUAUAUCGAAUAGUGUCAAAUAUACAAAUAUUUUAUUAAAUAGAAUUGUUGUGAUAAUACAUCAGUCAAAGAAAUGCAAGAUUUAUAUUUUUUUAUUGUUGUAUCGGCGAUCGUUGUUUUACUUAUCGCAUUUAUUGUAGUUGUGUUUGAAAGUAUUCUGUGGGUAUUUAUUGUUGUCAGCAUUUUUGCAACUGCCAGUUUUUAUGCUGUUCAAGCGGUGCAAUUUGUUGAUAACUUACUAACAAAGUUCAAUAUCACAAGUGAUAAAUUUAUUACGAAAUAUGAAAUAAAGGAUUCAUGCAAUGUUUGCAAUAAUAAUAGCUGCAAAAGGCAUAAAUUAUUGCCACAUUCAACAAAGAUCAAAGUACCCAAGGAUUUUGAUCAGGCAUUAGAACAGCUUCUAGAAGAGAUACUGCAAAAUUAUGUGUGCACAUGGUACUCCAGUUUUUCAGCAAAUGAGGCUUUUAUACAACAGCUACGUUUAGCUAUAACAACAGCGGCAAAAAAUAUUGCUCUUCGAUUAUUGCGUGCAGAUAUAGGAACCAUAAUUUUCUGCGAUUUGAUUCCUUUGGCUAUACAACAUGCUCAAGAUUGGAAUGUACUUCUCAAAAAAUCACAGUCUGGAGUUAAAAUACCUCAAGAUUACAUCGGAAGUUACUUGAAUUCUAAAAUUCACCCAGCUGCUUAUACAAGAAAGGCUGAGCUGAAUUAUUUACGAGGAUUAGCCACUACAUUGGUGCCGCAUUUAUUACCUGCCAUACAUGUCUCGACAAACAACGAAGUGAUACUUCGAGAAAUUUUGGCAAACUGGGUGCUUUUGCCAGCAAUUGAUGCACUUGCAGAUCCAGAAAAUAUAAAUAUGUUAGUGACAUUAUCCACUCAUCACGAUACCUCUCUGUCUAAUGCUGCAGAGGCCAUUCAUGUACCAAUGCUGCAGUCUUGGGUGACAACUCCAGCAAUACAUCCACACAUACACAAUUACUUUAAGCCGUCUUUGAACGAAGUCUUGAACGAUCCUGAACUAUUAUAUAUGUUUAUGCAACACAUCAAAGAAUCUGGACCCAUGAAUCUUCUUCAGUUUUGUUUAGAUAUUGACGAUCUUAGUAAACGUAUGUUAAAUCCAGAAAUGUCGGCUAGUGCUGAGAAAAGUUUAUAUAUAGAUAUUCAAAAUAUGUACACGGUAUAUCUUGAUCCUGACGGUUCAGAAUAUUUGUAUUUACCGUUGCAUAUAUCGAAAGGCAUACGGCAAAUAUUGGAAGGCGGUCCAGAAAGAGUUCAAGAAUUAAGAACGUCACGACCUUUCUAUCAAGCUCAUCAAGAAGCACACGCACUUCUCGAAAGUACUUGUCUACCAUCAUUCCAUCAUAGCUAUCAAUUGUAUAAAUUUUUGUGCGGUCACUUAGUAUCUGCACAAGCAAAAACUGCUGCAGCCAAAAUGAGUGGAGAUGUAUCUACUUCUGUGCGAUCCACCAAUAAUAUACUGGGCAAAAUGGACGGUGUUUUACGUACAGCAAUGGACGGUAGCUCAUUUCAGCUACAAGACUAUCCGGUCGAGGAAGUAGAUUGUACGGCUCGAGCAUAUAAUGAAAUCAAAGGCUUCGGCGAUAAGUGUCACCGUGAUUUAACGACGUUGCGAGUUGCCGUCUCACACGUGGACGGCGGCGGCGCGCAACCAAUGUACAUGAUCGCCAUCCAUAGCGUAGCGGAGGCUAAUUGCAAACCGUGGACAGUUCUGCGACAAGAUCAAGAUUUCUACACACUCCGUACGCGACUUGCUGAGUUUCACGGCGAUAAGGAAUUGAGCGAUUCGCCGUUACCGUCGCGGAAAAACCCGCAUUUGCCUCUCACAGCAAAUUGUCAACGUUACGAGGAGUUUUUGCAGAAGCUACUAUCCAAGCCGAUGUAAAGCAGUGAGCUUCUCUAUACUUUCCUCACGACGCCGAACUUGAAACCGUACUUUGCAAACUACAGUACACCCGACAUCGGCAUCCUCUAUCAAAGCAUGGCUUAUAAAUUGCGGAAAGAAAGGGGACAGCAUCUUGACAAAUUUAUGAGCACUUUCUUGGCGUCUAUAAACCCAAAAUAUGAACACAUGGAUAUGGGCGUCGAACCGUCGAGCGAACACAAUCUAAACGAAAUGGAAAGCAGAGGUAAAAAACUGUUGGAUGGAGUGUUCGGAAAUAAUCUAAAUCUACCUACUGCUUUCCAAAAUUUUCCAUACAACUUACCGCAACGUAAUCACGUGAAAGGUGUGAGUUUAUGCAUCAUUGAAGCUGUGAAUAGUCUGCUGAAUAUACCUCCGGUUAUUUCGCGAUUUCUCUGGAUGUUUGCUUCUUUAUCGCGUAAAAGAGUGGAUCCUAUCGUAAACGUAAUGUUCUACAACAUGCUGAUCAAGCUUCUAAGUGGUGGCCGUGCUGCUAUCGUUGUCAAGCUCUUGCAUGCAAAAAUAAUAGAUGAAAAUUACAUGAAAGACUUCUCCUUGCAAGGAAAAUGUCGAGAUGAUUACUACGAUUCCGCCAAAGAGGGCCUGUAUUCUUUGUUACCGUGGUGGUUAAUGCCAUUUUCUAAACCUUGGAAGAAAUUGAUGGAUUCUUUAUUAGAUCCUUUACAAAAUGCACCUUUCAAUAAACAUCUGGCAUACUUUUUGCUAGAUCAUCUUUUAGUAAAUCUUUUCCCCGAAGUAACAACGUAAUUGUUAAAA